AUGCCAGCGACAAUUCAUACUCUCAGGGGCCAUUUAACAAUAACACAUUUGUCAAUGACAAUGGAACUCGAGCAGGGCAAAACAAAAUGCUUGACUCUUCACACAUUAUUUAAGUUUUAUGGAAGAUCUCCUCUGCUAUUUUAAUUCUAACCUUCUGGCUACUGCUUCGACGCCAUUGUUAAGCGUUCUUUGGAACUAUCGGCAAUCAAGAGCCAAAUAAACAACCAGUAUUUAACUAGCAUUUGCUCAAAAAGAACAUAACGAAACUACAUUAUUUUCUUUCCAGGAAUCAAAAGGAAACUUCACUUUCUUUCCAGGGAUCCUGUGUCCGAAUGGGUCAGCCAGCAUCCAUUCCUUAAUUUAUGUUCUUGCCAACUCUCUUCCUCGUCAAGUGCUCAACAAGACAUUGACUCUUCCACUACAUCCAAUUAUUCUGUACGGGCAAAACUGGGACCUCUGGAGCAAUAUUCGAAUGGCUCCGGCAGGAAUUCCGGCUGCACAGGCGUCUCCACCACCCUCAUCGAAGGAUCAAACUGUUGUUAAAGCUGUCGUUGCCACAGCCGUAAGUACUCUAGUUAUUGCUGGGCUCUUGUUCUUCUUGUUCUACAAAUUGGCAAUGGCUCGAAAGCGCCGGUGGGGAGAUAAGUUUGAGUCAAGUUUUCGUUUAGAUCAAACGGUGUCGACUCAUCAAGAGUUCCGGCAACAAGGUGGAACUCUGAAAGGAAUCAUUGUUGACGAGGAUGGGUUGGAUGUUCUUUAUGUGAGGAAACUUGAAGCAGGACAACUGAUGAACUGUUUCUCUAAAGUUUGGAUCAAUCCUAUGGAGGAAGAAGAAAAGAGGAUGGAUGCUAGAGGAGAUAAACCCGAGAACUCGGAAACAAUUCCGGAAAUUCCUUUGGUUCAAGAGCGAUGCUAUACAGCUGAUCUUGCAGAGGUCACAAAACCAGCUACACUUACUCCCUCAGCCAUGAUUUCUCAAACUGAGACACGGUGGCCACCUCCACCACAGCCACCCCAUCCUCCCCCUUCCCCUCCUCCACUGGGGCCAAAUAAGCAAACUCCACCGCCGCUGCCGCCGCCGCCACCACCACCUCUUCCUAUAAAGAAAAUUCCUCCACCACCUCCUCCACCACCAAUUUCAGCAAAGAGAAACCCUGGCCCACCGCCUCCACCACCUGGGAGAGGUAGUUUGACUUCAUCACUGAGGCCCCCUCCAGCGCCGAGGGUGAAGACAAGAAGCAAUAGUAGGGAAGAGGCUCCAAGCGGGGCAAACGCAAAAAGGACUGAAGAUGUGAGGAUAAAGCUGAAGCCGCUCCACUGGGAUAAGGUUAUAGCCAAUGCUGAUCAUUCAAUGGUCUGGAAUGAGAUCAAUGAUGGAUCUUUCAGAUUUGAUGAUGAUCUAAUGGAAGCUCUAUUUGGAUACACUGCCACCAACAAUAAAUCCACUGAUAGACAUAAAAUAUCAAGUUCAACUAGUUCCAACUCUGGUCCUCCUGCUCAAAUCUUCAUCCUUGAUCCUCGGAAAUCCCAGAAUACAGCUAUAGUACUUAGAUCUCUUUCAGUAUCUCGCAAAGAAGUUGUUGAUGCACUCCUUGAGGGGCGAGGCCUUAGUGCUGAGACCCUCGAAAGACUGACAAAAAUUUCCCCAACUCAAGAAGAAGCAUCCAAAAUCCUUCAAUUCAACGGCAACCCAACAAAACUUGCUGAUGCUGAAUCAUUCCUCUACUACGUCCUGAAAGCUGUUCCCUCAGCAUUUAUCCGUUUCAAUGCAAUGCUUUUUCGUUCAAAUUAUGACUCUGAAAUUCUGCAUCUAAAGGAAUCUCUGGAAACACUUGAAUUGGGUUGCAAGGAAUUACGAACUCGUGGCAUCUUCUUUAGACUUCUUGAAGCCAUUCUCAAGGCUGGGAACCGUAUGAAUGCUGGAACAGCCAGAGGGAAUGCACAAGGCUUUAAUCUCAGCUCUCUUCGAAAACUUUCCUUUGUGAAAAGCACUGAUGGUAAGACUACUUUACUUCACUUUGUCGUGGAACAAGUAGUUCGAUCUGAGGGUCAGCGUCGUGUAAUCAAUCAAGUCCGAGACCUUGACGAAAGGUAUAACCAGAGUACCAAUGAUCGUUACCCAGAUUCUGAUAGCUUGAGAACCAAGGAAGAAGAGAGAGAUAAAGAGUACUUCAUGUCAGGGCUACCAGUACUAGGACGCUUAAAUGUGGAAUUCUCUAACUUAAAGAAAGCAGCCGCCAUAGACUACGAUAGUUUCAUGAAUAUGUACUCCAAUCUCACAGCCCGGGUUGCUGAGAUUCGACAGCUUGUGAUGAACUGCGGCAAUGGUGAGAGAGGUGACUUUGUGAGGGAAAUGAAGGGAUUUUUAGAGGAAUGCGAAGAGGAGCUUAAGGUGGUGAGGGAGGAACAAAUAAGGGUAUUGGAGCUUGUGAAGAGAACAACAGCAUAUUACCAAGCAGGAGCAGCAAAAGACAUAGGUGCACACCCACUUCAAUUGUUUGCUAUUGUGAAAGAUUUUCUUGAGAUGGUUGAUCAAGUUUGCAUUGACAUCACAAGGAAGCUACAAAAGAAGAACUUUACAAGUGCAGGAUCACCACCAACAUCACCAGCAACAACUACUCCAGCAAGAUUCCAAAACUUCCAGUCAUAUUUUAUGUCAGAUAAGCACGGGACAGCAUCUUCUAGUGAAUCAGACGAUGAUUUUUAAGAUACCUGGUGAGAACUUGCUUAAAAGUCUAUUGACAAAGAAAGAACACUGACAAAGGAACUCUGCUUUCGUGAAGGAAACCAUCUAUCGAUCCUGGGCCUAAUUUCUUGGUUUCUUUUAUCUGGCUGUGAGUGUAGUUAAUGGAGCCUGAAUAUGUUGAACUUUUUUACUAAAUAAUGAAAAAAUGCGCACUAGAUAGAUAAA